UGUCCCCCUCCCUCCUUCUCCCCCUUUAAAAAGGCCCGCGGGGCCCUCCGGCGAUGCCCGCGUUGCAGGCAGAUGGUGCCGGCGCAGUGAACGAGGGCAGCGGCUGGCGGAGGAGGAAGAAGAAGAGGCGACGCGCAUCAGAGCUAGAGUAACCCAAACCUCCUCUGGUGCAUAGCCCACGGACGCUGCCUGCUGGUCUUCAACGUGCCCCCCGCCUCCCGCCACCGAGGACGACGUCACUAUGAGAGUGCUGCUUUUCGCCUUCCUGAUCGAAGCGUCCCUCUCCUCUUUGGUUCCAGAGAAGGAGAAGAACCCCCGGUUCUGGAGAGAGCAGGCCCAGGAGACGCUGCGGAGGGCUCUGAGCUUGCAGGAGCUCAACACGAACGUGGCCAAGAAUGUCAUCCUCUUCCUUGGGGACGGCAUGGGAGUCCCCACGGUGACAGCGGCUCGCAUCCUGAAGGGGCAGCUGAGCAACAACAAUGGGGAAGAGACAGUCCUGGAAAUGGACCGGUUUCCCUUUGUGGCUUUGUCCAAGACGUACAACACCAAUGCCCAGGUCCCGGAUAGCGCGGGCACAGCCACUGCUUACUUGUGUGGGGUGAAGGCCAACGAGGGGACGCUGGGGGUCAGCGCGGCUGUGACGAGGUCCCAGUGCAACACCACGGCGGGGAACGAGGUGACCUCCAUCCUCAAAUGGGCGAAGGCGGCAGGCAAAUCCGUGGGCAUCGUCACGACAACGCGGGUCAACCAUGCCACGCCGAGCGCGGCCUAUGCGCACUCCGCCGACCGGGACUGGUACUCAGACAACGAGAUGCCCCCUGAGGCCAUCCAGCAGGGCUGCAAAGACAUCGCACACCAGCUUUUCGAAAACAUCCCAGACAUUGAGGUGAUUAUGGGAGGGGGUCGGAAGUACAUGUUCCCCAAGAACACCAGCGAUGUGGAAUAUCCGAACGAAGAGAAGUUCCGGGGGACUCGGCUGGAUGGCAGGAACCUCAUUGAGGCAUGGAGGAAGACAAAACCAAAAGAUAAGAAUGCCUUUUAUGUGUGGAAUCGGACAGAACUGAUGAAGCUUGACCUGAACAAGGUGGAUUAUUUAAUGGGCCUCUUUGAGCCGAUUGACCUGGUGUACGAGCUGAACAGGAACAACGAGACAGACCCUUCCCUGACGGAAAUGGUGGAGGUGGCCCUCAAAAUCCUCCAGAAGAACCCUCUUGGGUUCUUCCUUCUAGUAGAAGGAGGCAGGAUUGACCAUGGACACCACGAAGGGAAAGCGAAGCAGGCUUUGCAUGAAGCUGUGGAGAUGGAUCGGGCAAUUGGCCGGGCUGAUAUCAUGACCUCUUCUGAGGAUACCCUGACCGUGGUUACUGCAGAUCAUUCCCACGUCUUCACUUUUGGAGGGUACACGCCCCGCGGCAAUCCCAUUUUCGGUCUGGCCCCGAUGCAGAGUGACGUGGACAAGAAACCUUUCACCUCCAUCCUCUAUGGGAAUGGACCCGGGUACAGAGUCAUCGAUGGAGAGAGAGAGAACGUGUCCACAGUGAACUUCACGGAUGCCAACUACCAGGCUCAGUCCGCCGUCCCGAUGCGCAUGGAGACGCAUGGAGGGGAAGACGUGGCCAUCUUCGCCAAGGGGCCCAUGGCGCACCUCCUCCACGGAGUCCACGAGCAGAACUACAUCCCCCACGUCAUGGCCUAUGCUGCCUGCAUGGCGAGAACCACAGGCCACUGCCGCUCCAGAGCGCCACCCAAGGAGCCCGUCGGACCCCUCGCAGCGACCCCAAGGCUCUUCUCCUCGCUCUUGCUUGGCUGCUGUUCUAAAGGCUCGCCUCGGAGCGCUCCUCUGCCGGUUUGA